AUGUGCGAUAACUGUUUCGAAAUCACCGAACCUCCACACGAAAGUAAGAAUUGCACAAAAACCGUUGGGAAAAGUUGCAAAUCAUGCGGCCACGCUGUGUGUCCAAGGAACAAAUGCCUUGAGCUGGGUGGCAAGAAAAUUUCUGAGAUUGGGCAAGAUAUUGCAGAUAGAUUUACUCCCAACGCGCGAGAUGCAUGGUUAAGAAAAUAUGGACCUCAGUCCAAUGCAGCAUCAAGUGCAAUGUCUCAAGCUUCAGAUAACACCGCUGGACCAUUAAACCCUCUACCCGAACCUGUUGCCGAUAACAGAACGAUGGAAGAGAAACUUCAAAGCUUGUAUGAUGAAGAGUCUCGGAGAAUCCCCAAAACCGAGAGCCAAACUUGGGAUCCAUCUACUAAGAUUAACGCGAACUUUUACAAGGUCGGUCUGAACAGCGAAGCGCAGAUCCUAAAGUACUCGGUUUGCCUUGGCAGAAUCAUUUCUCGUGGAAAGCCCGAAGGGUUCAUACCUACACGACCAGAAACCAAGCGCUAUUUAAUUAUGCGGCUUCUCGAAGAAAACAAAGAUCUAUUCAAAUCAAUCAGCUGGGCUACCGACUAUGACUCCUUUAUUGUCUCUAACGAACCACUCGUGAAGCAUGAUUUGAAUGAGAUAGGAUACUCCAUUUCAACGCUACAUACACGCAGCGGACCCGAUGGCAAGCCGAUCAAUAUGGACUCUUCAUUGACAUUCCUCGGACUGGUUAAUGUCAAGGCCUUGAUAGACCACGUCAAUUCUAAGAAUAUACCCCUCGACCACCCUGAAGAGGAAUUAAAGUUCCUGAAUAUGAUUUCUUGGAAGAAAGUUAAUUCCCCUCAGUACGAAGGAGGUCGUGUGGGCAAGAAAUUCUUUCCACGUAGCUUUGUGGUUGAUGACGAAGAAUGGAUGUCUAAACAACGAUUCAAGCAGAGGAAAACUGUUCUACGCUUCAAAGACAAUGAUACGGCGCCUUUGUAUCGGAUAAAUCGUGGUUUCUUCAGCUCAAUGAGGCCUGGGCAGGGCUCAGUCUUGCUCAAUGUUAAUGUGACAACAUCUGCGUUCUUUUCUCCGAUCAACCUUGCCAAAUGGAUAGAAUCAAACCCGAAUGCUUGGGGAGAUCCUGGUAGACUUCUGAAGGGGGUUCGUGUUGCUUUCGACAUUCAUGAAAAGAACAGGCAAAAAGUCUUCAACAUCAAAAGUAUCGCGCCGCAUAGUGUGUCAAAGACAAAGUUUAUGAAAGAUGGUACAGAGAUGUCAAGUAAAGUUACUAUCAAGGAGGCGGGAUUGGCAGAAUUGGGCUUCUUUGAGAAGGACUCCUUCUACAAGGCAUUUGGAAUUAUACCAAACACAAAUUUAGUCGAGAUCAUAGCGGGAACCCUCAAGGCUCCGCCAUUGCUACUUGGUGGCACUGACGAAGUUCCAGCUCGCGACGGUUCCUGGGAAAUGAAAUUCAAGAAAUGCCGGAAAGCGGGUAUUGAAAACACAACUCUUCACGUUCUGCGGUUAAGAUAUGAUCAUAGUCAAGAGUAUAAGCAGAAAGAUAUGAAGGGAGUCACUGAUACCUUAGUCAGAUCUCUGGAUGAAUUUGGACUUAAGAAGAUUAUGAAUCGUGUGUUUUAUGAAGCAUUAGUUCCUGACGAAGCACAGGAACCCGAAAAAUAUCGCCAAGCUUGCGCUGAUACUUUCAAAAGCGCUCUACGGCCGGUCAUUGAAGGCACGAAAAUCGUGCCCUUGAUCAUGGUUGUGAUUCCAAACCGAAGUCGCAAGCUCUAUCCAGAAAUAAAGAGAUGGGCAGAUUGUGAUAUUGACAUCCCGACAGUUUGCGCGGUGGAAGAAAAUCUUUCGGGAGCAGGGGAUCGCGCUAGAUGUGGUAAUAUCAGCUUAAAGUUUAAUCUCAAAUUGGGAGGCAUCAAUCAAGAAGUGAGCAAUGGGUGUGGAACCAAGUCCCGGACUAUGGUUGUUGGAGCAGAUGUCACACAUCCUGGCGACGAGGAAGGAUGCCCCUCCAUAGCUGCUAUAGUUGCUACCGAUGAUGACAGCCGAUUCCAAUAUCUCGGCUCUGCAAGACUCCAGGAAGGAAAACAAGAAUACAUUUCAGAUCUUCGAGGCAUGAUGAAAGAAAGACUUCUUGCCUGGGCCAAACGUGUUUUAAAAGACAUACAACCAGGGUAUGGUGGCAUAUAUCCGCAGAUUCUUCCCGACCAGAUUCUUUUCUACCGAGACGGAGUGAGCGAGAGUCAGUUUGGCAUGGUUCGGCAUCACGAGAAACAACAAAUUUUCGAUGGAUGCUCUGACGCAUACAUGGAACUAAAAUCCAACCUCAAGGAAACACUCCGUGGCGCCUUUCCAAAAGUAGCCAAGCGUGAGAAAUGGAAACCUAAACUCACCAUUAUCGUUGCAAUUAAGCGACAUCAUGCCAGAUUUUACCCUUUGACUUUAGUAGACGGUGAUCCAAAUUUGAAUGCUGGAACUAUUAUCGAUUCGGUAGUCGUGACACCCAAUCACUUUAGUUUCUACUUGCAGAGCCAUUGCAGUCCACUCGGCACGGCUAAAAGUAAUCAGUAUGUUGUGAUUUACGAUGAUCUUGAUUACAAGACAACUCCAAAGGACAUCAUGAAUAUUACAAACAAGCUUUGCUACACUGGCGCUCGUGCUUUCAAAGCCCUCUCUGUCUGUACACCAGCUCGCUACGCAGAUAUGCUGUGCGAUCGCGUGAGAUGCUAUUUGAAGCCUGUACUUCAGGGUUAUCAUGAUAAGGACAUCACGGACGAUAUGGAUGGAACAAAAAGGGCGGCUGUUUAUGAAGAAAAUAAGCUCGUUUGGAAGCCAAAUACUUCAGAAAAGCUACCAGAUGGGUGGAAAAAUCCUUGGCAUCCAUCGAUCAGCAAUUUUAUGUUUUAUCUUUGA